AUGGCUGCGAGAGCAUUUCUGUUGUUUUUGGUCGGUUUCACACUCUUCAGCGAUAAGAGUGCCUACGCAGGUGCAACUGCUCUUGCUUAUCUUUAUGACAAUCUUCGAGAAGCCAACAUGCAUCAAACCAGAACUGUUUCAGGGUAUCUGACACUUUUACAGGCAUGGGUCUGUGAGCAUUUUCCUACAUUAUGUAGAGAUUGUUGUAGACUUUCUGUUAGUUAUGUUGAAGACUAUCCUAGAGCACUUAAAUGGAAGCCUAAAAGGGAUAAGAGUUUGGUUCUUCCAUUUAGGAAAGCGCUUGAUGAGAUUGAUGUUGAUGAGGUCUGUUGGACACCAUAUGAGGACCAUCGACUGAAGCGGCCUUUUGAAAAUGUAUCUUUAUUUCAAGGGUGGAUACGUUGGGGUCCGAAGAUGUAUGCUCAUCUGCUAGACAGAGUAUUGCGGCAAUAUGGUCAUGUCCAAACCAUUUCUGGCUCACCGUUAGAGGUAGUAGGUCAUACGACCACACCAGAUGAAAUGGACAUUAUGUUUACGCAAUAUGCUGUGCAUGUAGUGGAUGAUGGCGCAGUUGUGCAGGGACAUGUAGUCUGCUCGAAUGUUUAUAUGGACUGGUUUCGCAGAAUUUCUCAUCCAUACAUCAUUCGUAGAGGACCAGUCCAUGAAGCUGAUGCAGAGCCUACUGAUCAUGCCACUCAUGCAGCUGAUGGCGGCGAUCCUGCUGAUGACACAGUUGACAUAACGCGUCGAGCAAUACAAAUUGCUGAAGUGCUGAUUGGCCGACAACUGAUAUUAUCUGAUGGCAUGCCACUCAUUAAUGAGUUAGUUUUGAUGCUGCGAAGUCAGAGGGGUGGUGGUAGAGAUUGGACGAACACAGUACCAUAUCGUAGAAGAAAUAGAAGGACUUAG